GACGAACAAACAGUGAGCGAACAGGGAUAGUGGCCGAGAACGAGUCUGAGCAGGCUGAAAUGUCGAUAGGGACGCCGGCAAGCACAGACCGAGCAUGGCAAGGACCGGAAACAGUUGCCGAGGACGCCGCCGUUGUGAAAACGCUGAAGCAGCGUUCAGCCUUGGUCCGGUUCUUGUUCCCGGCGAGGCCUCGAAAUGCCCUCGUUCGAGCUGUCCAGCUGCUCAUCGUCAUGCAGGUGCUGUACCUGGUCAAAGAAGGCGCCAUCGCCAUCCAGGCGAGUCGAAGUUCCCCCUCUGUGUUGCUGGGCUACCGGCAGCAGGAAGAGAGGCAUCAACUGGCCCAACGUUCGGCGCUUUGGUACCCGAGACAAUGGAACCGGACCUCGGUGCAGACAGCUGCGCCUCCUGUCGGCACCGCGCCGCUGUUGUUCUGCACCGUCGGAUCGCGGUUACCGCGUGAUGCGUUGGUGUACCCUGCUGACGGCCUCUGCUCUUGGAUCGCCUACAUUCACGCACGGUACAAUCCCGGCUCGGAAACCCUCGAACCGACGCCUGAACCUGAAAGCAUACACGCCUGGUUUGAGUUCCGGUCCAAGGUGGGCGUGUACUACCGAACUCGCUUGCUGCCUUCCCUCGAGUGGGCGAACUUUAGCAAGACUCCCGGCGAGAGCUUUAACGCGUCCCAUGCGCGCUCGUUGAACCGGACGCUGGUCAACAUCGGCAUGGCCGGUCUGUCGAUGCUAAACGUGCGCGCCGGAGUCAGAGACCUGCGGCCGCUGAUCAGGUCGUUGUCCACCUUGGCGGGCGCGAACCCAGGCAUGUUCCUGGCCCUCGGCGUCCGCCUGCUGGGGCUCGUGGACAGCACGGCCACCAGACUCGUGCCCGCUGAAGUCUUGGACGCCCUGUUGACACCCCUGAGCCUCUUCGUGCUUGAGACCCACCUGCCCAUACCGGAAAAGAGGUGCGUCACCGCGCCACUGAUGCCGCUGUUUCCCUACGCCAGCCAGACUCGUCCCACGCUCACCUUCCGCGGAGUCAAGGCGUUCUUCUCUCAGCCAGUCAUGAGGCUCAUCCACCCCAACGCCACGACCCGCUGCGUGUCGCUGCUGGCCGGAGCCGUGCGGUUCCGUCUGGUUGCCGACGCGCACUCUGACGGCAACGCCUCGACUACCGCCGCGCCGACCAAGCCUCGGCGCUCCUCGUGGUCUCGUCACGUGCACCUGCCGGGUGAGCCGUGCUACUCGUGGUCCGUGGUUCCGGCGCAGCUCAUCUGCCGUCAAAGUCACGUGGCGCACAUUGCCGACGCGCCCGCCUGGUACGCCAGCUCGGAAAGCAGCUUCUUCGCCUUCGACACGUGGGACACCUUCGUUCGCAAGUCCCGACACGUUCUAACGGAGCACCUCGAAUCCGAAAUGUCGACGUGCCUGGCGUUGUAUUCGGUGGACCUGGAGGCACCGCGGGUAUCCUGCCCUCACAUCUUGGGCCGACAUCGAACGCUGACCUCUUACGCCAUGGAAGUGAUCCGAGAUCUCCGUGGUUCUCAGUUUGGAGGAGCCUCCCUUUUCUGGAACCUCUAAUCUUUACUUUUAUUUUUUUUAUUAUUAUUAUCCUUCUUCGUUUUUUUUUCUGUGCGCGCGGUGGCCUGGACAGUUUGACUCCACCGAUCACUCUCCCGGGACGGCGUGAUGUCCAUUGAUUGAUUUAUUUGCGUCACCCUCAAUGUCAGAGAGGCAUUAUGGAGGUGGAGUGGUAAAUAGGUUGUUGAGGUACUUACAUUGUAUAUAGAGGAGAAUGUACAUGCUGUCUUCUCAGUCGAUCAUACGAUAAAGUGAUUUAGGUUUCUUUUAUAACAUUCGUGUGUCCUGUUAUAGUGUUCAUAAUUUAGAAGUGCCCCUGUCAAUGCGUCGAGAAGAUGGAUCUUGUAACUUCAGUGUUUACUUGUUAGCGAUGAGCUCGAAACUGCUAACGGAUUGUAAAAGUGUGCAAUGUGUCAGUGAAAAAAAAAUGUGUCAGUAUCGAGCGAAACGCGGCUCCUGGAUACUUGUCAAGGCGCUGCAUAGCGUUUUGCCCUAAGGAUAGUUACUCUCGUGGAAGAAAGAAAAUCGAUUCAAUACGUAGAAACACGUGAUCACAAGCUUCGUUAGACUACAGUUCAUAUAAUAUUUGGUAACUUGGCAAUACAAAGGCUGGAAUAACUAACAACAUGGGGCAACAUAAUAUUUCACA